AUGGAUCCUCACUGCCUUGCGCACGGAAGGGCUGCAACGAGGGCCUUGUAUAGUGACUUCUCUGAGAAAUUUCCCUUGCUGUCCACGUUGAACGCGUUUGACGUUAAUCUCUCUUCGCUGCUGAUUUGUUUUUCAGAUUUUUUUUGUGUUUCUUUACUGUUGCUGCUUCCGGAGACAGAUGUGCACUCACAGACUACCUUGCGGUCCGCUCUUGGAUCCUGUGGUAUACAGACUGGCUUCGCCUCCCCUUCUGUUCUUCCUGACACUCCCAAUCUCCCUGCCGCGGCUUGCACUCUCCCCUCUUCUACUCACUCUCUCUCUGAUUCGCUUUCUCCGCGGGUCUGGCCCCACGCCGCUUUCUCUCCUGCCCCUUCGCGUGUGCUGCUGCUGCUGCUGCUGCCUCGCUCACGGCUGCGACUGGCGGCGGUCUGUGCCUUCGGUCGCCUGUCGCCGCUCCUGUCUCACGCCGUACUUGCAGCGGCUCCUUCCCACCUCUCCGUUAAUGCCGGUGGGAUCCGCGUGGAUGCGAGUGGUGUGCGUGUCUCGUCCGACGAUGCUCCGAACACGCUCGUGUCUGCGCGCUGA